AUGCUUGCGCCUGCACUGGCCAUGCUCUCCUACGAACUCAUGCAGCCGUCACUGAUGACCCUCGCUCGCAAGAACUACCUCGCGGCCAUUCAGAACAUCAACGCAGCCUUGUCAUUGCCACAGAAAGCGGCCAAUGACAGCACUCUUGCCUCAGUGCUCCUCUUGGCUCUUUUCGAGGCUAUUGCCUUCCACCGCUGUGACUCGUUAAACAACUGGACAUCCCAUGUAGAUGGCGCCGUCCAACUCGUCAAGCUGCGAGGACCCCGUCAGUUCGAGUCUGCCCUAGGCCGUGCCCUAUUUUCGGAUGUCAGCAAUCAUACAUACGCAUCAUGUGCGCAGCGCCGUGUUCCUGUGCCUGCAACUGUAUCAGAAAUGCGGACACAGUUGGGUGACUUAAGCGGCGAAAGCUCUCUAGUGGUCGACCUUGGCGCAGUUCUGGACUCCAUGUCUCGACUCCUCGCGAAGUUGACAUCGACAGACGCAGAGGACACACCAGCGCCCGAGGUUAUCGUGGCUCAGGGAUGCCAGUUGGUGUCGCAGAUAGACUGUCUGCUAGAUCAAGCAUCUACACUCUUCCCCUACGAGGUGAUACCGACAACUGAAGCCCCAGACUGUUCAUUUAAUGGCAUUACUCACAAGUAUCCAACCCCUCAGUCAGCCCGGUAUUGGAACAUCCUGCGUGUAAUGAAGUUAUUUCUCAGUAAAUGGAUUCACCGGUCUGCCACCGCUCUCGCUGACUGCAAUGCGACGGUCGAUGAUUGUACAGGCACCCUCCCGCAGAAUAGACUCAACCUUCUCGACUACACGAAGUCAAACGCGGACAAAGUCGCCGUAGAUAUCCUCUGCAGUGUGCCCUUUUUCCAGAGCCUGACUUCUCAGUCCUAUCUGAGCCAGACGCUAGUGCGGUGGCUUGUAUGGCCCUUAUCAGCAGUAGCAGCGUCACCCUUAGUCCAGGAGCCUGCACGGGUAUAUGCUCGGACUAGGCUUGCAAGCUUUCAUAAAGACAGCAGACUUCCAGAGGUCUUAGAGGCCGUUAAGAUGCUGGAUAAAGAAAGAGCCUUGGAAGAUUGGUAA